GCAUUUAAAUACCGGGAGGUGCUGGGUGUCAGCAGCAGGAGAGGAGGCCCGGAGCACAGCAUCUUCCAGGACUGGACCCUUCUCAGGCCAGGGGCAGCCUUCCCAGCCAGACAACAACCAGGGAAAAAUCACAACCAUGAGACUUGCAGUGAUUUGCUUCUGCCUGUUGGGCAUUGCCUACACCCUACCAGUUAAACACGUUGACUCUGGCAGCUCUGAGGAAAAGCAGUUUUACAACAAAUACCCUGAUGCUGUGGCCACAUGGCUAAAGCCUGACCCAUCACAGAAGCAGAAUCUCCUAGCACCACAGACCCUUCCAAGUACAUCUAAUGAAAGCCAUGAUCACAUGGAUGACGAAGAUGAUGAUGACCACGUGGACAGCCACGAAUCAGACGACUCUGAUGACACCGAUAACCCCGACGAUUCCCACCAUUCUGAUGAGUCUCACCACUCUGAUGAAUCCGACGAGAUGGUCACUGCUAAUUUUCCCACUGAUGUUCCUACUCCAACUGUCCCUACAGAAAACAUAUAUGAUGGCCGAGGUGACAGCAUACCUUAUGGACUGAGGUCAAAAUCCAAGAAGUUCCGCAGACUUGACAUCCAGAUUCCUGAUGAGACCCAGGAGGACUUCACCUCAUAUGUGGAAAGUGAAGAGUUGGGUCAUGGGCCCAAGGUCAUUGCUUUCAACCAGGGCCUGAAGGUGCCUUCUGAUCUGGACAGCCAUGAAACCAGUCACGACCUAAGUACAGAAACCCACAGCAAGGAGCCUUCUGACAUGAUUGUUAGUCAGGAACAUUCCCACGUCAGCCUUGAAGUCACCAGCCACGAAGACCUCGAGAGUAAGGAAGAAGAUAAACUCCUGAAAUUUCGUGUUUCUCAUGAAUUAGAUAGUGCAUCUUCUGAGGUCAAUUAGAAGGAGGAAAAAAAUACAGUUUCUCACUUCGCUUUUAGUAAAAAGAAUGCAUUGUUGCAGGAAGUGAGAAUCUGGCAUGCUUAUUUCUCAGAUUAGUGGGUGAAUGUACAUGCAUAUGAAUCUGGAGAUAGAUGUGUUUGAUCAUUAGUGUAGAUUGUGGCUUCAUGGUAACACCCUUGUAUAAACCAAAAGCUCCGUAGAAGAAAUGCCAACGGUCACUGCAUUUUAAUGUUUGUCAUACUUUUAUGAAUAAACUUUAUGUAGAAGCAAACAAAACACUUUUACACAAGAGAUUAUAACAUGUCACUAAAGUCCUUUAUUUUUAAAUUAGUAUAUAUUUUGUUGUGAUUAUCUUUGUUGGUGUGAAUAAAUCUUAUAUCAUGAAUGUAAUAAGAA